AUGUCAGAUUGGGGAAUCCCUCUCCCGUCAACCCACACAAAUCCGACAGAAGAUUCCCAAGACCAGCAAGAUGGAGCUUCCAGAGUCGAGGAGGAGGAUGUUCACGUCGACGAAUACACGCGUUACGAAAGGAGCAUGACUACACUCCGAAAGCAAGCCAACAAACUUGCCCAACAGCUCGAGAAAGAUACCGAGAUCUGCGACCACUUCAACGAGGUCAUGGGCCCGGCGCUUCAAGUCAUGUCCAAGUUGAGCCUCCAAGCCUCCGACCGAGCUGCGAUGCUCCAAAAACAGAUCGACACUGCACGACGGCUGGCUGUAAUGAGGGAAACCAACGCUGCCAGGGAGACGAGAGAGGACGCAGGGGCGGCGGUUGGAGACCAGACGACGGUUCAGUGUCACCUCCUCCGCGAUCGAAUACUCGGGGUAGCAAAGGCAAUUGGAGUCAUCGAGAACGAGUUGCGUCGUCACGACAACAUCGUCACCACGACAUACGAAGCCUGCUCUAAACGCAGAGCGCUGAUCAGACAAUGA